AUGGAGUCCACACUCGCCGAGCUCCGGAGCAUACGCCAAGCGCAUCUUGAAGUAACUUUUGAUGGGAAGAGGGGGCGGAUAGGACGUCGGCGGGAACAGAACAGAUUGAACCAAAGGGCUUGUCGGCUCAGGAAGCGUAUCCAAAACUCAACAGAGGAGAGCCAAAGUAGUGCAUCGAUUGACACCACCCCAUACGGUGUCCUUGUCCCAUCAAAAUGCACAGGAUCGACCUCCAACACAGUGACCACUCCCUACCAAACCGAUGAAGUAGUCCAUCUAUCCCUCCAACUGCCCAACUGGGUCAUCCUAACCCAACUUAAUGUCUGGCAAGCGACACUCAUCAACAGCCUCAUACUCGGAAUGUCGCACUUUUUCACAGACGAAGACCAUCCCUCUGACAAUCAUGACAAUGAUGAUGAAGAGGAUCCCGCAUAUACACCACACUACCUCUCCCCUCCCCUUUCUCUGAAAUCACCACUACCACCAUCCCUCCACCCAACACUUCCCCAACAACGCACCCCGCACUACCCCUGGAUCGAUCUAUUCCCGGACGCCGGUAUGCGCGACAAACUCAUCCAGGCCAGCCCAAGGCUCGAUGUGCAUGAUUUCUGUUCCGAUAUGCUCGGAUCAAUGCUCAACCAUCCCUCUUCCUCCCCCUCCCCCUCUUGUAGCCAGACAGGAGCGGGAUUCAUGGUUUGGGGGGAGUCGUGGCUCGUAGAGUCGUGGGAGAUGAGUGAAGGGUUUGUGCGGAAGUAUGCGUGGUUACUCGAGGAUGAGGGAUGCGAGGAAGUCAUCAGGGCUACGAAUCGAUGGAGGGAGAGGAGGGGCGAGGAGCUGCUAGUUGUUAAGUAG